CAACAUUUCAAACGCUUCUUCGUUUCUUUCGAAAUCCUGUCUUACUACCCAUUUGUAGGCCAAGAAAAGCAUAAAUAUCACCAUUCCAGUCCUAGGAAUUUUCUCUGUUUCUUGUAUUAACUUGUUUUUUGCAGGAGUGGAUUAAUGGAGGGCAAAGCCAGUAGCUCUGACCUUCCUCCCGGUUUUAGGUUCCACCCAACUGACGAGGAACUGAUCGUGUAUUACCUUCGUAAUCAAGCAAUGUCAAGGCCAUGCCCUGUAUCAAUCAUCCCUGAGGUCGAUAUUUACAAGUUUGAUCCAUGGCAAUUGCCCGAUAAAGCAUUGUUUGGGGAAAACGAGUGGUACUUCUUUAGCCCGCGUGAUCGGAAAUACCCAAAUGGGGUGCGGCCGAAUAGAGCAGCAUUGUCUGGGUACUGGAAAGCCACGGGCACGGAUAAGGCUAUCCAUAGUGGAUCUGAUUAUGUUGGGGUGAAGAAAGCUCUUGUGUUUUACAAAGGCAGGCCGCCAAAGGGUGUGAAGACUGAUUGGAUUAUGCAUGAAUAUCGGUUAAAUAACCCUCGAAAACUACCUAAUCCGCAUAAGGGAACCAUGAGAUUGGAUGAUUGGGUCCUAUGUAGGAUCUAUAAGAAGAGGAAUAUGGCCAGAGAUCUUUUGGAGCAGAAAGUGGAAGUCUUCCAGCCUGCUCAAAUGGAUGAUUUAGUAACAUUUGGCAAUGAUGCAAGUGAGCAACAUAUAUCAAAAUUUCCAAGGAUCUGUUCCAUUAGUCAUCUAUUGGAUAUGGAAUACUUGAGUCCACAACUUUUGUAUGACAAUAAUUCAUACGAUGCGACCUUUGAUUUCCACCACACCGUUGGCAAUGCUGGAAUUGACGAUGUUGAAAACCCAAAGCUUGGUGAAAUACCGUACCAAUACCCAUACAUGUAUUCAGGGAAGACCCAAGUGAAUCAGGAUGGCAGCUUUAGCCAGCCUAUAGUUGUGAAUCCGGUGUAUGAUUUGCAUGGCUUUGACCGCUAAGCAAAUAAAAAUUGGUCCUUUUAUUGUU